AUGAGUUCGAAGAACACACGUAUUGCAAUUGUCAAUGACGAUCGGUGUAAGCCCAAGAAGUGUCGUCAAGAGUGUAAACGGGCAUGUCCUGUGGUAAAAACCGGUAAACUGUGUAUCGAGGUUGCUCCAACGUCUAAGAUCGCAUUUAUAUCCGAAAAUCUGUGCAUCGGUUGUGGUAUUUGCGUGAAAAAAUGUCCCUUUGAUGCUAUUCAAAUCAUCAACUUGCCUACAAACUUGGAAGCUGAAGUGACCCACCGUUACUCCGCCAACAGUUUCAAACUUCACAGACUGCCAACGCCAAGACCUGGCCAGGUGCUAGGACUGGUCGGAACCAACGGUAUCGGUAAAUCUACAGCUCUGAAAAUCUUGGCUGGUAAGCAAAAACCAAAUCUGGGUCGUUACGACGAUCCUCCAGAAUGGCAAGAAAUUAUCAAGCAUUUCCGUGGUUCGGAGCUACAGAAUUACUUCACAAAGGUGUUGGAAGAUGACAUCAAGGCCGUCAUCAAGCCCCAGUAUGUGGAUAACUUGCCAAGAGCAAUCAAAGGACCGGUCAAGAAAGUGGGAGAGCUUUUGAAACUCAGAUUGGAAAGAUCACAAGAGGACGCUAAGUACGUUAUCAAGGCUCUGGAUUUGCAAAACCUGCUGAAAAGAGACGUGCACGCUUUGUCUGGUGGUGAACUGCAAAGAUUUGCUAUCGGUAUGUCAUGUGUUCAAACCGCUCAAGUGUACAUGUUCGACGAGCCAUCUUCAUACUUGGAUGUGAAGCAGCGUUUGAACGCUGCUUUGGUGAUCAGAUCGCUUUUGGACGCCACAACUUACGUUAUCUGUGUUGAGCACGAUUUGUCGGUUUUGGAUUAUCUUUCCGACUUUGUGUGUAUUCUUUACGGUGUUCCCUCGGUGUACGGUGUUGUCACUUUGCCUGCUUCCGUGAGAGAAGGUAUCAAUAUUUUCCUCGACGGUCACAUUCCAAGUGAAAACAUGAGAUUCAGAGGGGAGGCAUUACAGUUCAGAAUGGUGGACGCACAAGAACAGCUUGAAGUAGGGGACGCUACACGCGCGUUCACCUACCCCAACAUGAAGCGUACCCAAGGCGAUUUCAAAUUGCAAGUCGAAUCCGGUAGUUUUUCUGACUCCGAAAUUAUCGUUAUGAUGGGAGAAAACGGUACCGGUAAGACCACAUUGAUUAAGCUGCUGGCUGGUGCUUUGCCAGCGGAUGAUGGAACGGAAGUGCCCAAGCUGAACGUUUCCAUGAAACCUCAGACGAUUUCCCCCAAGUUCCCAGGUACCGUGAGACAAUUGUUCUUUAAGAGAAUUAGAGGACAGUUCCUAAAUCCUCAAUUUCAAACCGACGUUGUGAAGCCUCUGCGAAUCGACGAUAUAAUCGACCAGGAAGUCCAGCAUUUGUCCGGUGGUGAAUUGCAGAGAGUCGCCAUCGUGCUGUCGUUGGGUAUCGUGGCAGACAUCUACCUGAUCGACGAGCCCUCUGCUUACCUAGACUCUGAGCAGCGUAUCAUCUGUUCUAAGGUCAUCAGAAGAUUCAUUUUGCACAACAAAAAGACUGCUUUCAUUGUGGAGCACGAUUUCAUCAUGGCCACCUAUUUGGCCGACAAAGUCAUUGUUUUCGACGGUACACCCUCUCAGAGUGCCCGGGCUGGAACUCCAGAGAGUUUGUUGACAGGUUGCAACCGUUUUUUGAAGAACCUGAACGUCACUUUCAGAAGAGACCCCAACUCUUUCAGACCCAGAAUUAACAAACUCGACUCCCAAAUGGACAAGGAACAGAAGUUGAGUGGCAAUUACUUUUUCUUGGACAGCACCGGCGUGUGA